UCACACCUGCCAAGCAUCACACCUGCGAUGCCUGCACGAGCUGGGUGCGGUCCACGCAGCUGCAGUAAGGGGGUGACCCGGCGUCUAUUAGUUGGUGGUUCAUCUCCUUCGUGCCUCGACGAGCUGUGACGCCGCUUUCCUCCAUUCUCUUUCUUCACCUCUUGAGUUUCCAAGAUGGCAACUGUCAAGAGUGAACUUAUUAAGAAUUUCGCAAAAGAGGAGGCCAUUCAUCACAAUAAGAUCUCCAUUGUAGGAACUGGAUCGGUUGGUGUGGCUUGUGCUAUCACCAUCUUAUUAAAAGGUUUGAGUGAUGAACUUGUCCUUGUGGAUGUUGAUGAAGGCAAACUGAAGGGUGAGACAAUGGAUCUUCAACAUGGCAGCCCUUUUAUGAAAAUGCCAAAUAUUGUCUCCAGCAAAGAUUACUUGGUCACUGCAAACUCCAAUCUAGUGAUUAUUACAGCAGGUGCACGCCAGAAAAAAGGAGAAACACGCCUUGAUUUAGUCCAGCGAAAUGUGUCCGUCUUUAAAUUAAUGAUUCCCAAUAUUACCCAAUAUAGCCCUCACUGCAAACUGCUUAUUGUUACUAAUCCAGUGGAUAUCUUAACUUAUGUAGCCUGGAAGUUGAGCGCAUUUCCCAAAAACCGUGUUAUUGGAAGUGGUUGUAAUCUGGACUCUGCUCGUUUUCGUUACUUUAUUGGGCAAAGGCUUGGCAUCCACUCUGAAAGCUGUCAUGGGCUGAUCCUUGGAGAGCAUGGCGACUCAAGUGUUCCUGUGUGGAGUGGUGUGAACAUUGCUGGUGUCCCUCUGAAGGAUCUGAACCCAGAUAUAGGAACUGAUAAAGAUCCUGAGCAGUGGGAAAAUGUCCACAAAAAAGUGAUUUCCAGUGGCUAUGAGAUGGUCAAAAUGAAAGGUUAUACUUCUUGGGGCAUUAGCCUAUCUGUAGCUGAUUUAACAGAAAGUAUUUUGAAGAAUCUCAGGAGAGUGCAUCCAGUUUCUACCCUAAGUAAGGGCCUCUAUGGAAUAAAUGAAGAAAUAUUCCUUAGUGUCCCAUGUAUCCUGGGAGAGAAUGGUAUCACAGACCUCAUAAAAGUAAAACUGACCCUUGAAGAGGAGGCCUGCUUGCAAAAGAGUGCAGAAACACUUUGGGAAAUUCAGAAGGAGCUCAAGUUUUAAAGUUGCUUAAAGUUACCAUUCUAUAGAUUGAAGAUGAAAUAGUAGUUAUGGAACUGUAUAUGUCAAACUUUAGAAUAAAUGUGAAUUUCUAAAAGUUGGAAAAACGGAGGAAAGAGUGACCUAUUUAGUGUAGCCUUCCGGCUUUUUUUUUUUGGGUGGGUCUCAUUCUGUUACCCAGGCUGGAACGCAGUGGCACCAUCACGGCUCACUGCAACCUUGACCUCCCGAACUCAGGUGAGCCUCCCACUUCAGCCUUCAGAGUAGGUGGGACCACAUGCGUGUGCCUCCAUGCCUGGCUAAUUUUUGUAUUUUUUUUGUAGAGAUGGGGUUUUGAACUCCCAAAGUGCUGUGAUUACAGGGGCGAGCCACUGUGCUUGGCCUUAGCUUUGAUUUAGAAUCCAGAUGAUGGACGACACUUUUUUUUUUUUCCUCCAAACAAAAGUGAUGGCAUCAAAGAUGUUUUUGGUACCUUUUAGUACUUGCCUUGUAUGUAUACAUAACUGCCAUCUGGUCCAUGAGAAUGUGUAUACUGUGUUAUAGAAAUCUUGAUUCUUUUCAUCAGGUGCAUAGUAAUUCUUCUCUAUGGCUUAAUACCUAUGUUCAUUUACAUGCUAUUUAAUAAAAGCUUUAAUUUCCUCUACAAUGUAAAAAUAAAAGUAUAUAUAUGCACACACACACAAAGUAAUCUAAAUGUUCCUAACAUUAGAUAAAACCUUGGUUUGA